AUGGCGGCCGUGUCGGGGUCCCUUCGCCUGCAGCGGUGCGUGGUGUCGCCGGCGGGGAGGCACAGCGCCUCCCUCAUUUUCCUGCACGGCUCAGGUGAUUCUGGACAAGGUUUGAAAAAUUGGAUCAAGCAGGUUUUAAAUCAAGAUUUAGCAUUCCAACACAUAAAAAUUAUUUAUCCAACAGCUCCUGCCAGACCCUAUACUCCUAUGAAAGGAGGAAUUUCCAAUGUGUGGUUUGACAGAUUUAAAAUCUCUAACGACUGCCCAGAGCACCUUGAGUCCAUCGAUGUGAUGUGUCAGGUGCUCACAGACUUGAUUAAUGACGAAGUAAAAAGUGGCAUCAAGAAGAAUAGAAUAUUAAUAGGAGGCUUUUCCAUGGGAGGGUGCAUGGCGAUGCAUGUGGCAUACAGAAAUCACCAAGAUGUGGCAGGCGUGUUCGCUCUUUCCAGCUUCCUGAACAAAGCCUCUGCUGUUUACCAGGCUCUUCAGAAGCGCGACGGCGCGCUCCCCGAGCUGUUCCAGUGCCACGGGACUGCUGACGAGCUCGUCCUUCAUUCCUGGGGGCAAGAGACCAACUCAGCCUUGCAGGCUCUAGGGGUGAGCACCAAGUUCCACAGUUUCCCUGGGCUUUUCCACGAGCUGAGCACGGGGGAGCUCGAGAAACUGAGGGCAUGGGUUCUUGCAAAGCUGCCAGGAGAAAUGGAGAGGCAAAAGGAGUAA